AUGUUAAAGUUUUAUUGUUUUUUCAGCAUAGCCAUAACAUUAGGAGCAAUUUAUAAUUCUUUCAAUGUUCAUAAGCAAUUUUAUCCAUCAGUCUUAUAUUUAAGCACAAACAAGAUAAAUAGAACAAUACUUGUGAAUUUUGCCAUUAUGAUCGUUUCUACAUUGAUAAUGAUUUUUUUAAAAUUAAUGUUUGGAGAAUUAAAGGAAAUUGAAAAAAUAGUAUAAAAUUAUAAUUUAUUAUUGAAUAGUCCGUGAUUGAUAAAACAAAGAGAAAAAUUUUAGAAGUUGCUUAUUUAUUAUUCUUCUUUUAUUAAUCAUUAGACUGGCAAUUUAUAUGUAAGAUAUCUAUAGAUUAUCUGUAGUUUUAAUGCUUUGGUUAAUCGCAUUAUCAAUAAUUCAUUGGAUUUCAAUAAAAAGAGCUGGGUUUUUAAUUGCAGAAUCCUAAAUAAAUUUUAGUGACAAUUUAAAAUUAUUGCUAACAUUUGUUAUGCUAUUUUAUAUUGAUAUAAAAGUAACAAAUUUUAAAUAUUUUAGUUAGAUAAGUCUCUAUUUUUUUUAUGGAACAGAGGAGAAAUUUUAAAAUGUAUUAUUUGGUUUUGAAUUUAUGCUUUUACCAAUUAGAAUAGCUUUGCCUUUUAUAAAGUAUGUUAUUAAUCUCUUCGAAAUUUAAACAUUUUCAUAAUUUGAUUCAAAAUAAAUUAUUUUUUCUGGAUUAGAAGUACUAUCAACAAUGUUGAAAUUAUGUGUUUAAAUUAUGCUUUUUUAAUAUGUAUUGAAUACAUAAGGAUUUUUAUUGAUUUUAUUUGUUGAUACAUUUGAAAAUGCUUUAGCUAUGUUUAAGAAAUUAAAAGCAUUUUAUAAUUAAAUGAAACUAGUUCGAAUGAUUGACAAAAUUUAAGAUGUAGAUAAAAUAGAAUCUCAUGAUUCUACAUGUUUAAUAUGUCUUAAUGAAUUAGAAAAUGGUAAAUAAUUAUCUUGUGGUCAUGUUUAUCAUAAAAGUUGUUUAAAAACAUGGAUAUCUGGAAAUUCAAAUCAAUUUUGUCCUAAAUGUAAACAAGCAAUUAAAUUGGAAGAAAACAAAAUUUAUUAAACUGAUGCCUAGACUAAUAGUUUGAAAAAAUAAAUAUUAUUGUAGGAAUUAAAGGAAAUUAAAAGCAAUAUUUAACUUUUACAAAUUUUAAAUUAAUGUCGAAAUAUUUCAAAUAAUGUAUAGAAUAUAUAAGGAAUUGGAAAUGUGUAGUAUGGAUUACCUUGUGAAGCUUUAUAAUAUUCUUCAGGAGUAACAGAAAUCAAGAGACUCUAAAUAAAUUAUAUGAAUAAGAUAAUAAGAGGAAUAGAAAAGGGGAUUAUUGAAAAUCAUUUAUUACCAAAAUGA